AUGUCUUUCGGCGGCGGCUUUGGCGGCUUCGGCCAGAACAACAACAAUAACACCGCGAACCAAACCUCUGGUGGAUUUGGUGGCUUCGGUACAAGCAACAACAACACCACUACAGGCUUUGGAGCCAGCAAUACUGGUGGAUUCGGUCAGUCCAACAACACCAGCGGUCUAUUCGGUAGCAGCAGCAGCACCGCCGUCGGCGGUUUCGGUUCAUCAUCAACUGGUGGAUUCGGAGCGAACGCGACUACAGGCGGCUUCGGAAGCAAACCUGCCUUUGGGGCAACUACGAACACUGGCGGCACUGGCCUUUUUGGCGCGGCUGCCACGAACAACAACACUACUACAGGCUUUGGUGGGUUUGGAGGAAACACCAACACCGCAACCACCACCACCUCAGCUUUUGGAGGCGGUAACACUACUGGAGGCGGCAUGUUUGGAAACACUGCGAACAAGACGGGCUUCGGCGCCACCACCAACACCGGCUCAUCACUCUUCGGCGGAGGCGCCAACAACACCUCUACUGGAUUUGGCGGCGGCGGCUUCGGUGCUUCCAACACUGCACUUGGCGGCGCUGUUGCCGGUGCUGCUGGUGACCCCCCUGGAACCGGAGUUACCCCCUUUCAGGCCCACACCGAGAAGGAGCCCAACAGCACGUCGAACCAGUCCAACGCCUUCCAGAACAUCCUUUUCCAGGAUCCCUACAAGAAAUGGUCGUCUGAGGAAUUGCGACUGGCGGAUUACAUUCAGGGACGACGACAUGGCAAUGCCAGCGGCGGCGGUGCCUUUGGCGUAAGCUCUGGUUUUGGAGGUGGCUUCGGUGCCAACACGAACACUGCCAACACGACAACUGGAUUUGGCGCCAACACGACCAAUACCACCGGUGGCCUAUUUGGCAACAAUAAUGCCGCAGCUACCACCACCACUGGCUUUGGAAACACUGGCACCACUGGCUUCGGUGCCACAGCCACCAACAACACUGGUGGCCUGUUCGGCCAGACCGCUAACAAGCCUGCUGGGGGUCUCUUCGGUAACAGCACCCCCCAGCAAACCCAGGCGACUGGCGGUCUCUUUGGUGGAGCCAACACUGGAGGUGGAUUCGGAACGACCAACAAUGCGACAACUGGCUUCGGUGCUACGAACAACAACACUGGCGGUCUUUUUGGGGGCGCUAACAACACCCAGAACAAGCCGGCGACUGGGUUCAGCUUCGGCAACGCGGGUGCUGCUGCUACUACGACGCCCUCAGGUUUCGGCAACACAACGACUAACGCCUUUGGCGGUGCGACCAACAACGCCGCUGGUGGUGGCCUAUUUGGCAACACCAACAACCAGCAGGCCGCUGGAGGUGGUGGUCUGUUCGGUGGCGCCAACAACCAGCAGCAACAACAGAACACUGGUGGAUUGUUUGGUGGUCAGCAGAAUCAGCCCCAGCAAUCUGGCGGCCUGUUCGGAAACAGCCAGCAGAAGCCAGCCGGAACCGGUCUUUUUGGCGCCGCCACAACAAAUACCGCAUCUGGUGGCCUCUUUGGUAACAGUACUCAGCAACAACCUGCCACUGGCUUCGGUGCAAACACGAACAAUGCCAAUGCUGGCGGUGGCCUAUUCGGCAACAAGCCUGCUACUGGCGGCCUCUUUGGGAACACCGGGACUCCCCAGAACAACAACACCGGGACCGGCCUGUUCGGAGGACUUGGCUCUAACAACCAGAACCAGCAGGCGGCAGGAACUGGACUUUUUGGAGCUUCCACGAACCAACAGCAGAAGCCUGGCCUGUUCGGUAGCACCAACCAAAAUACUGGAACUAGCCUCUUUGGCGCCUCAAACAACCAGGGCCAGGGAAGCAGCCUCUUUGGCGGUAACAACCAGCAACAACAACAGAUGGGCAACUCAAUCCUCGGCAACAGCCAGGCCAGCAACGCGCCUCAGGGACUUACUGCGAACCUUAACGAUGUCUCCGCAUACGGCACUCCCUCUCUCUUCGUCGGGCUGAGCGGUAACGAGGUCCAGAACCCUGGCCCACUCGCCACGCCACUUAACGGGAGCUCGAAGCCUAGGAGAAGCUCAAUCCUGCCCAUGUACAAGCUGGCUCCUGCCUCUGCAUCUCGCUUUGCCACCCCCCAGAAGCGAGGUUUCGGAUUCUCAUACAGCAACUACGGAACUCCCUCGGGAAGCCCUGCCAGCAGCAUCUCUAGCACUCCCGGUAACAUGGGUCGCAGCCUGCUUGGCUCAAGCUCCAGUGGCAGCCUAAGCAAGAGCAUGUCGACUAACAAUCUUCGCCGAAGCUUCAACACCGAGGACAGUAUCCUUGCCCCUGGCGCAUUCUCUAGCGGCUCUCAGCCUCGCUGGUACGGUAGCACUGGCUCGAAGAAGCUUGUCAUCAACAGAGACAUUAGAAGCGACCUGUUCUCGACCCCCCAGAAGGACAAGCAGUCUACCGAUGCUAACGGAAGCGUCCGAAAGUUGUCCAAGCGUGUCAGCUUCGAUACGAGCAACGUUGACUCCGACGAAGGAACACCCGUCCGCGGCGCUCUCCCUUCCCCCGAGGUCAUCACUAGCCCGGCUACCGAUGAGACCCCUCGUCAAACCCGAAUGACUAAUGGUUCUUCUGGUUCCAAGACCCCCGAGAUGGAGGAAGCCAAGGGUAAGGAGCUCGCGAUUGUUCACGAGGAGGAUCACUCUGUCACUCCCGACGCCAGCACUAUCAACGGCUUUGACAACGCCCCUGGCCGAUACUGGAUGUCGCCCCCUCAGGAGGAUCUCGAGAACAUGAACCGGAUGCAGCGACAGAAGAUCGACGGCUUUAGCGUUGGACGUGACAACGUUGGCUACGUCGCUUUCAAGGUCCCUGUCGAUAUCAGCAAUAUUAACCUCGAUGAGAUCUGUGGUGGUCUGAUCGUAUUAGAACCCCGAUCCGCGACUGUUUACCCCGUUUCCGCGAAGAAACCCCCGGUUGGCAAGGGCCUGAACGUCCCUGCCCGAAUCUCCCUUGAGCAGUCCUGGCCUCGUGGUGGUCGUGACAAGAGGGUCACCAAUGACCCUAAGCGCUUCAACAAGCACGUGGAACGACUCAAGAAGAUCGAAAACACCACUUUUGAGAGUUACGACAAGGAUACUGGUAUCUGGAUCUUCGGCGUUGAGCACUUUACCACCUAUGGUCUCGACGACGAUGACGAUUCAGACGACGAACUCGAUGCCGUUCGACCCGCGCCUAUUGAAGCCCAGCCGAUGGCCCUCGACGCCUUCUCCCACUCAUUCAUGGAAGAUGACACCUUGGAAUUCAGGAGGCGAUCAGGUCUUCCCGGCGCAUUUGACGAGCAGGGAGCCGUGUAUGAAGAUGACUUCACUGGCAAGCCGUCUUUUUUAGGGAAUAGCUCCGCGGAUUCUGCGCCCAACGAUGUCAGGCUGUCUCUCGACGACGAGUACACUGCCGACAUGGGUGAAGAAUAUGACAUGUCCGAGGACGAAGACUUGGCGAGGUCUUCUGUCGGACUGCAUCUUGCCGCGGAGCACAACGAUUCCUCGUCCGAGAAUGGCCAGGAGGAUGCCAAGAAAGGCACUCCUGGUGGCAUUCUCAGAGCUCGGAUGAGAGCUGUGAAGGACUCUGCUGGUCCUAUCACGCUCGAAGUUGCAGAUGGAGAUGACUGGACGGAGAUGCUGAGGAAGACUGUGAGCCCUGUGAAGAGGGAUCGGCAACUUUUGAGGGAACUUAACGACUCGCCCUCUAAGCAAGCCAGCCUUCUCAUUGACUUUGAUAAGAGUGAGGGAGACAAUUUACGGAAAUCACUUUGGAAGAAGAGCACGGCCAAGAAUGACAGAUUUGAUGGAUUUGCGGCAAGCACUCAGCUUGGCAUGGACAAGGGGCGCGGAUUUGCCACGAGUAUCGACCUAAUGAACUCUCUUUUUGAGAAGCCCAAGCCUGCUCCUCAGAAUCUUCGAGCCUCAAUUCCUGGCAAAGGAUUCCCCAAGUGGCCCUACGAGCGACAAGACAAGACCCUUACAAUGGAUGAAGAUCAGAAAACUUUCCACGACGCUGGCCGGCCGACUUGGGGGCCCGCAGAGACCCUCGUUCUAUCCAGGCCCCUUGCUCCUGAUCAUGCUCGCCGAGCCGUGUCUCAGACCUCCGACCUCCUUACUUUCCAGCGUUCCAACAUUCAGAGUGAGAGGCAGGAGGUUCGCCUAGCAACCUUUUCGACAGAGUCUUCGAAGAAGUUCCUAGGUGGUCAAGACAGGCUCACCGAGAUCCACAUCGUUGAUGACGUUCCCAUGGCGUCGUUCAAGGCUGCCAGUCUCAAGGAUGCCUUCCACCACCAGGACAUGAACGACCCUGCCAGUAUGCAGGAGAAGCACGUUUGGGAUUUGGCAAGCAUUCUGUUUGACGAGAUCAACGCCCCGAACUCAAAGCAGCCCACGCACAUUUUGCGAAGGGCCAAACUCUCUCAAUUCUGGACAGAUUUGGUCGACCAAACCUCGGCGACAACAAUCGGCCUCGCUGGCUCAUCUGAGGAGAAGGCUGUGGCUUGUCUAGCGGGACACCGCGUCCCCCAGGCGUGCGGGUAUCUUCUCGAGGGCAAGAACUUCCGCCUCGGAACCCUGGUACCCCUCAUUGGCACUAGCGAUGAAGCGAAAAGGGACAUGCGAGAACAACUCAGGGCCUGGCACGACUCAAAAAUGCUCUCUGAGUUUUCUGAGCCAAUCCGAACCAUCUAUGAGCUCCUGAGCGGCAAUGCGUGUGUCUGCGAGGGCAUGAAGGGCGUUCCUGUCGAGGAUCGCCUGGACUCGUUUGUCAUUUCUAAGAAGUUUGGGUUGGAUUGGAAGCAGUCAUUUGGUCUCCGCCUCUGGUAUGCCAUUGCUCGGGACGACGACUUGGCAGCUGCAGUCAAGAAAUUCAAGGAUGAUGUUGACCAGGAGCGGGAGUACUUGCCGUUGCCCUGGUACAUCGACCAAGGCAUCAAACCCUUGUGGGACGACGUCGACUCGGAUCGCAGACAAGACCUUCUGUGGGGCUUGUUGCAGCUGUACGCCCACGACAAUUCCGACUUGGAGGCUAUCCUCCGACCAGAAAACUCGCAGCUCUCGCCUCUCGACAUGAGGCUGUCUUGGCAGCUGGGUCUUGCACUGGUCUCAACGGGCAAGGUAUCUUAUGGACAGAGCGGUACCGAGAAGGCUGAUGCCGCAACGAUUGCCUAUGCAUCACAACUCACGAGCGCUGGGGAGUGGUUGGAAGCCAUCUUCGUUCUCCUCCACCUGAGCAGCCCUGUGGCACGCACCAAGGCCAUUCAAGAGCACCUCUGCCGACAUGCCGGUUUGAUUGGCACUGAAACAAGCCCUGCCUUUGGUGUUCUGACGGACAAGUUCCGUAUUCCUUCGUCAUGGGUCUGGGAAGCAUUGGCCCUGUACAUGCGCAGUGUUAAGAAGGACGCAUACGCCGAGGUUCAGUGUCUUCUCCGCGCUGGCUCCUUUGUGGAAGCCCAUCGCGUUCUGGUGCAGGAUGUUGCGCCUCUUGCAAUUGUGGAGCGUGAUUAUGCCAGCCUCUCAUCCCUCCUCGGCCAAUUCGACGGUCGAAGUGAGGUCAUUUCAGAAUGGUCCUUGGGAGGAGAGAUGUACAGCCUCUUCCUCGGCCUGCUUCAACAUCGAAGCAAGGGCGAGAUUGCGCCACCCAUGAUUCUGGAGAGACUGUUGGCGGGUCUGCACGCAAUGAACCAGAAUGCGCCAGACUCGGAGAUUUUGCGAUAUGCCGCGGUUUCGGACAUGUCGGAUGAGACGGCGAAGGAAAUUUUGAAGUCAACAAAGCAGAAACAGGAUAUCGAACUUCGAUCAAGGAUUCUGAAUUUACCACUGACGCAAGAUCGUUUGCUUGCUUACUCGGUGGAUUUGAGCAUGGAUCGAUAUCGAGAGGUGAUGUCCCAUUAA